CUGAUUUUUAUUUGUAAAAACAUGCGCUACUUUAUAGGAUCCGCACCCAAGGCACCCCGGUAUUAGCCCGGAGCCACAUCGACCUGCAGCGUGCACGGAUCUGACCAAGACGAUGCAACUCCGGCCGUGCCACACCUGCCCAUCCAGCUGCACUGGCACACCAUCCAGUUGACGCCAAGCCAAUCGGUCAAUCGCCAGAGGACACAAGGACCAGCACGCGCCAGCGUCCACUCGAGAACCGGCGCCCAAACGGACCGGCGGCCGCCGCGAGAGGAAGCCUCGCCGCCACCGUCGGCUGCGCCAGCCUUUGCUUUGCCUGGCGGCGUCGUCCAGAGGUAGUGCAGCGGGAGGAAGUACGAGAGACGGCGGCGGUUAGGUCCGAGACGCGGGCGUGUUUUUCGGAUCCAUAGACCUAAACCGACCAUGACUCGUGGUGCUUUGGGCGACUCUUGAAAGGAAUCCAUAUGCUUCCUCCCCUUCCACCGCCUACCCUACACAAACCCGUCACGAAAUUCUACGAGAUCGUUGCGAGCGAGCUCCCAAUUCCGCAGAGCAGGUCGGCGAUGUCGCCGGGUUCGAGGGCCUCCAUCAUGCCCGACGACGCGAGCGGGCACCACCUUCUCACGAUCCACAGGUACUAUCGCACCAAGGGCAUCCCCACCGGACAGUGCGCCAGGUCCCUCCCUUUUAUCAUCGGCGGCUAUCGCUGGUGCAUCGACUACUACCCCAACGGCGUGUGCCGCGAGGUUGCGGAUUACAUAUCCCUCUGCCUGGUGCUUGACGAAGAUGUCGUGGCGCCGGUGAUGGCCCAACACGGCAUGCGCCUGGCCGGCUCGCCGGCAGAGGAGGAGCGAGCGGUGCCGCAGGUGUCGACCCAAGCGGAAAGAUUUCUUUCGUGGACUGCCUUGUCAUUCACGAUGUUCAUCAGAAGGCAGGAGCUGGAGAGCUCCAAGUAUCUCAGGAACGAUUUGUUCACCAUCCGUUGCGACAUUACCAUCCUCAACUAUAUCCGCGGGGUGCCGCCCUUUAUCCCGGAGCCCCCGUGCGACCUGCGUCAGGAGUUCGCCAAGCUCCUCGAGACCGAGAUGGGCGCCGAUGUGGUGUUCGAGGUCGGCGGCGAGACCGUGGCGGCCCACCGGUGCGUGCUCGCGGUUCGUUCGGCGGUCUUUGCGGCCGAGCUCUUCGGGCCAUUGAAGGAGGGCAAUGCUGCCACCACCGGGGUCGUCGUGCGCGUGGACGACAUGGAGGCGGAAGUGUUCAAGGCGCUGCUUCGUUACGUGUACACCGGCAAGUUGCCGGAGAUGUGCAAGGAAGACGAAGACGUCACCUGUCAGCAUCUGCUCGUGGCAGCGGAUAGGUAUGGCAUAGGGCGGCUGAAGUUGAUCUGCGAGGCAAGGCUGUGCCAUUACAUAAAUGUGGACUCCUUGGCGAUCAUCUUGGCGCUAGCCGAGCAGCACCAUUGUCAGGGGCUGAAGAAGGCGUGCUUUUACUUUCUCGCCGCUCCCGGGAAUCUGACGGCCGUCAUGGCCACCGACGGCUUCCAGCAUUUGGCAACAAGCUGCCCUUCUAUUAUGCUUGAGAUCAUGGCGUUCUUGGCGCAUUAGUUGAGUGACAAGCUAUGGUUUCUAGACUUAUGAUCAGGUAGCUCCGUAGCUGUCUUAGUAUGUCGCUGCAUCUAUCCUAGUUAUGAUCGAGAUGCAAAAUUGCCCCAUUGUGCCUCUGUCUUGUCAGUUCAUCGCAUCUCUGCAACUGGGAAUUAACCUCCAAGUAUAUUGGAAUCGAAGGGCAUAAAAUGCUCAGGUUUGUUGGGCAAUGGUAGCCAUGGUUUGUAGGUCUUUGGCAUGAGUUGUUGCUCUUGUUAUAGCAAUUGAUACUGCAUGGUUUCUGAACCUUAUUAACUUAUCUUUCCAUCGCUU